CGUCCGACCGAAGAAACCGUCGAAUCCAGAGCCUGCCCAGACGCUAUUCGCCGUAGCUCUGCCCGACAUAUGCAGACAUACAUACAUACACGUGUGCUACACACAUACAGACAUACAGUAUAUACAGGUACAUACAGUGCUGCUCCAUACAGACGCAUCGCAGACGCCACGCAUCGUCUACCGGUACGAGUUCAUGCACCAGCAUCUUGUCCCCACCAGCCAACGGGUGCGCAGAUUGGAUCAUAGGAAGACGACAAGGGGGGCGCUGCGGACGAGAAUCGAAGAGACGAAGAGGAAGAGUCAAGAAAUAUUAUUAGAAAAAUUUCAAAAAUCCUGCUACUGUACUACUGCUAGCAGCAACAAACGAUCGGCGCGAUACACACGCCAGCCGUUAGUUGACGAUCUUCUCUCUUCAACUCUUUCUCUCUCUCACCAUCGUCGCUCUUUUUCUUCUGGGGGCAACACCGUCGCGCUCUCUUCUCCCCCCCCUUCCCUCGUUCCUGUAUUCGCUCGUUUUUAUUUUUAUUUUUAUUUUUUCCUCUUUUCCGCUUUGCCGCUAAAGCACUGCCGCAGUCCCUGACUAUUGUCGCUAGUGUUUGCGCCUUUGCUGGCCACAAUUCUCUGCUACUCAGUCGCUUGUGCGCGUCUGCGCCGUGCAGUCCCGCUGGCUUGUGCGCGCCGU